AUGGCAUCGAGUCAACCCCAGACGAAUGGGGUGCCAGCCUCUUCAGCAGGCACUUCGCAAACCGUUCCCAAUACCCAGACCACAACUACCAGUCAACCUGCCGCCUCCUCACAAAACGCUCCUCCUCCUGCGCCAUCGAGCUCGGCACCUCGCCCUCGCGACUCUCGUCUCAUCGAGCUCUUGUUGACCUCCCAGGGCGUCACCGCAUACGAGCAGCGCGUGCCCCUCCUCCUCCUCGAUUUUGCGUACCGCCAUACCUCUUCCGUGCUUAACGAUGCAUUACACCUCUCCGGCGACCCUUAUGUCACUCACGCGGGUGCCAAGCCAUCAGCAAACUCGGGCGCAAUCUCUGCGCCUGCAGGAGACGCAGCAGUAACAGCCAACGCCGUGAAGCUCGCCAUAGCAGCGCGCCUCAGCUACCAGUUCCGCGGGGGCAGUGGAGGUGGUGGCAUCAGCAAGGACUACAUGCAAGAGCUGGCGCGCGAGCGGAACAAGGUGGCACUUCCCAAGAUUGUACCCAGCGAAUGGGGUGUUCGACUACCAAGCGAGCGGUUCGUGCUUAGUGGAACGAGCUGGGGCUUGAAGGAUAUGUGGGAUGAGGCGGAUGACGACGAAGAUAUGGGAGGCGACGCCAUGGAGGGCAUCGAAGGCCCCGAGCCGGAAGAUAUUGGCGGCGAUGGUGUGGAGGGAGGCACGGUGGAGGAUAUGUUUGGUGAGGAUGUGGACGAGGAGAUGGCCGAGGAGAGCUAG